UCCUUACCGUUUUCAUCCCUACGAAAAAGUCACAGUGCGUCCCUUACCAGAUCAGACUACCAGAGGCAAAUUACUGGAUCUGCCUCCCAAAGAGCCCAGGCCCCAGAGCCCACCGGAGAGCGGACUGCCAACACAACACUCCAACCCCGCAGGCGAAGAUGGCGGACGUCAGCGGCAGCGGCUUCGGGGGCCGGCGCCCGCCGGGGCUGUUGGCGAACGCGGCGAAGCGCAAGGAAGGGUUCGUGCAGCUGUUCCUGAUGGCGGGCGUCUUCAUGAUGAGCCUGCGGUCCCUGGGCCAGAAGCACCGCCUGAACGACCUCGCCGUCGACAACGCCGACCUCCGCCGCGAGCGCGAGGACCUCUCCCACCGCAUGCGGGACCUCCAGGACGCGCUUCGCAGCGAGGCGGACGCCGACUCGUCCGGCGCCCUCGCGUCCCACCUCCGCCGCAUCUUCACCGCCCACCCUGCUCCCGCGACCACCGCCGAGGACCAGUAGCGGGCUCCCUUGAGAUUUCUUCUUCUCCCGUGUUUUUUUGUUCUCCGGUCCGGUCGUGUGCUUCCCAUGUCCAGCGGUGUGGUCGUGCUCUCCUCUCUACUCCUCGUGUCGCUGCCUGACGAUCCAUGGCAGCGCACGCGAUGUGUUUGUGGAAAUGCCGCUGUGCAGACAAUUUGACUGAAAGUGUUGCUACCUCGAGACGCAUUGUUAAGACUCUAAACUUAUUUGUAUUUCAGAGUGAUCGAUCAUCGGUGCUCCUACCUGCCCUGUUAA